UUCAAAUUGUUGCAUUGCAUUGCAUUGCGUCCAAUAUUUUUGAACUUGUUUGAGGACAUUUACUUUAUUUUUAUAGCUAAAAAAAUUCGUCACCAGGAUCUAGAGAGUCCUUUUGAUACAAGCCUAUUAGACUACUAACUUUGAACUUUUAUUUAUUUUGAUUUAUUGUAGAUUGGAUGUAGCAGAGGAGAGGUUACACGAUCUGUCUCUGGCCCAGUACUUCCAAGGUAUUAGAGGCUCCGCAUAGUGAUCAUUUAAUUGUUUGUUUUUAAUUUUUUAACAAGUGAUACAAAUUUUACUCGGACAUUUCCAUCACAUCUGUUGGCUUCAUUGCUAAUUUUCUUUUAUUCUAUGAUGUUGGUAUCAGGAAAAACUAUGGGGAUGCUGACAUACAUGUGGAGAGACAACUUAUGCCCCGUGUUCUUGCUGAUACCAAUGGCCCCACUGAUUGGAAUGAAGCUUUGGAUAUUAUUUCUUUUGGUUCUCUUGAGCAGUCUGUUGAAGGAAUGAAAGUCGUGUGUCAUGAGCUGACACAAGCCACUAAUGAUCCAGAAGGCAGUGCAAUGGAUGAACUUAUUAAAGAUGCAGACAAACUUGUUUCAUGCCUUGCAAACAAGGUUGCCAAGACCUUUGAUUUCAGCUUGAUAGGAGCAUCAUCUAGAUCUUGUAAAUAUGUUCUCAACACCCUCAUGCAGACAUUUCAAAACAAGAGACUGGCUUAUGCUGUCAAGGAAAGCACUCUUGAUAGUCUAAUUACUGAGCUCCUUCUAUGGCUGUUGGAUGAGAGAGUUCCACAUCUGUGUGGAUGCCAGUGUGUUUUCCUUUCUAUCACGAUCUAAAAGUUCAUACUUGCAUUUUUUUUUUCAUUUUUUUUCUCUUCCUUCCUUCAAUUAUCCAGCAGCCUUGCCCAUAAAGACGAAGGUGGCAGUAAAAGGCAAAGGGUUGGGCAAGUUUGAGAUAUAUAUUCUCUCUUCCUUUGUAUGUACAUACUGCCUAUGCCUGUUUUCA